GUUUGGCUGCUACACGCGCCGCGGAUGCUCAGGGGGGCGCAGGAUCGCCUCCGUCCUUGCCCUCUGGCUUGGCUGCUUAUGCGCCUCCAGGCGCCAGCCUGGGCAUGGAUGUGUGCAUUCGGAAGCUGGUGGUCACCUGCGGCAUCGACAAGUCCGCACGGGCAGAGGCGAACCAAUCCAAGAGCGGCAUUUUAGAACAUAAUCCUUUGCCUCUUUAUUUGGACUACACCGCUGGCUUCUUCGUGUCCCUGAACUUCAUUUUCAUGUGCGUAGAGCUGGAGUUGGAGGGGGGGACUCUGGACCCCAUCGAUCCAGUAGAGGACAACCAUGGCGUCAUCUUUGGCCACGUCCAGUUGUGUUUCGCGAUGAUUUACUUACUGGAACUUUUGCUGCGGAUCUAUGCGGAGAAGCGGGACUUCAUGUACGAUUGGGGCAAUUGGUUUGACAUGUUCCUGGUCACUGCCAGCUUGGGAGAUGUGUACUUGUUCGUGACAGUCGGGGGCCAACCUGGGACGACACAGAUGCAGCAGGUCCUCCGCGCUCUAAGCACGCUGCGCACCCUGCGGGUGCUUCGCAUCUUCAGGCUCUUCAGUGGGCUACGGCUGCUGCUCAAAGCGUGCCACGCCUUUCUUCCGACCUUGGCCUGGUCCAUGGUGCUCCUGGGCAUGGUCAUGGCAAUGAGUGGCCUAAUGCUGGGCAAGCUGCUGCAGCACUUUUUGGAGGCCGAGGCGAAUCUGGAAGACCGGAUUUGGGUGUGGCAGCACUACGGCACGGCCUACCGCUCCAUCUACACCCUUUACGAAAUCACUUUUGCAGGGAACUGGCCGGCCAACGUUAGGCCGGUACUGGAAAAGGUGAGCCAUCUCUUCGUGAUCUUCUUCGUGCUGUAUAUCACGAUCAUUGUUUUUGCAGCCAUAAGAGUUAUCACGGCCGUAUUCCUCAAAGACACUUUGGAUGCCGCGCACAAUGAUGCGGAGCACCAGUUGGCGGAGGGGAUUCGGAAGAAGGCCCAGUACGUGCAGAAACUGGAGAGCAUCUUCGAAGCCAUCGACGAAACCGGGAAUGGCAUGAUAACAGAGGAGCGUCUCAAUCAGAUUCUUGAGAACCCGCGUGUGAAGGCCUACUUCGAGACCUUGGACUUGGCCGUCCAUGAAGGCACCGCUCUCUUCCACAUCCUGGACAAUGGUGAUGGAGAGGUCACGCUGGAGGAGUUUAUCGACGGGAUCCUGCGGUGCAAGGGCCCGGCGCGUGCCAUUGACCAGGUUGCCAUGCAUGCGGACCUAAAGAAGUUGGAGGAGAAGCUGAUGCAGCUGGCGGACAACCUCAACAGCAAGAAGGCGUCGGAUGAGUCGAAGGAGACUUCCAAGAAGAGGCGGAAGGACCGGAUGCGCUCAAUCACAAACGACCUCAAGGUCUUCCGCUUGGAAGAAUCCAUUCCACUCGGCCACAGAUUCAGUGGCCGUGGCAGCCACUGCAGCACCAACAGUGAGCUCCCCAUGGGACAGGCACGAUCUUCAGCAUUCUGAAGGCGGUACUACUGCUGACGUUGUCAGCAACGGCAGCUGAGCGCCACUUUGGCACUUUCAAGUAGUGUUCCCGAAAAGUUCCGGAGCAGGACCGACCUCACGGUGUGACAA